AUGGCGUCAACAGUAAUGGUAAAGGUGCAAAGAAUCAAGCUGGGUUCACAGGGCCUUGAGGUAUCGAAACAAGGACUGGGCUGUAUGGGUAUGUCAUCUGAUUACGGGCCGCCCAAGCCCGAACCUGACAUGAUCGCCCUCAUUCACCAUGCCAUCGCCUCCGGGAUAACCUUCCUUGACACUUCCGACGUUUACGGACCCCACACCAAUGAGCUUCUCAUCGGCAAGGCUUUGACAGGAGGACUGAGAGAGAAAGUGCAAAUAGCUACCAAGUUUGGGAUAAGCGGCAGGUUGGGUGAGAAAAUGAAAAUCAGUGGUGAUCCAAAAUAUGUGAGGGCUGCCUGUGAAGCAAGCUUGAAGCGGCUUAACAUCGACUGCAUUGAUCUCUAUUACGCUCAUCGAAUUGACACCGGUGUGCCUAUUGAAAUCACGAUUGGAGAACUCAAGAAACUGGUUGAAGAGGGGAAAAUAAAAUAUGUCGGUUUGUCAGAGGCAUCUGCUUCAACAAUCCGAAGGGCUCAUGCCAUUCAUCCAUUAACUGCUGUUCAGAUUGAGUGGUCCUUGUGGUCAAGAGAUUUAGAAGAAGAAAUAAUUCCUACUUGCAGGGAACUUGGUAUUGGAAUCGUCACAUACAGUCCACUUGGACGGGGUUUCUUUUCAGCAGGUCCCAAGUUGAUUGAGAACUUGUCAGAGGGUGACUAUCGAAAGACAUUUCCGAGGUUCCACCCAGAAAAUCUUGAAAGUAACAAACUAGUAUUCGAAAGGGUUAGUGAAAUGGCUACAAAGAAAGGUUGCACCCCGUCCCAACUAGCAUUGGCUUGGGUUCAUCACCAAGGAGAUGAUGUUUGUCCAAUACCCGGUACCACUAAGAUUGAGAACUUGAACCAGAAUAUUCAAGCUUUAUCUGUGAAAUUGACACCCGAAGAGAUGGCUGAACUUGAAUCAUUUGCUUCAGCCAACGUGGUCAAGGGCGACAGACAUGUUUUCAUGGAAAGCACAUGGAUAAACUCGGAGACACCCCCGCUAUCCUCUUGGAAGCCCGAGUUGGCUUCCAGAUCAUCCGCCCACUUCCAAUUUUUGCGCUGCCACUUUGUACCGUCGACCGCCUCCUAUGAUGCCAUGAUAAUGGCAGGUGGGCGGGAGGCUGCCAUGAGAAAUGUUGUUCCGCUCUCCCCACAGGGUCCAAAGAUCACAACUGAACACACCCAACUCAUCACCGUUGCAUCUGACCUCAACCAACAUGACAAUCUCCUUGACAUCAGUGCACUCUUUCAAAGGUUUGAUCCCAAUUCUUCUCAAAAAGUGUUCAUCCCACAACACCAAGACAACGAGUGUCCUGAGUUUUCCGGUAUAUAA